AUGUCUCAACAUCAUGUCAAUGAUCAUUCCACUGCAUCAACAUCAAAUGGUGCAACCAUCAUUGAAGGAGUAUUUAAUUUUUGUGAUAUAAUGUCCAAUACUAAAUUAUCCGAUCAUCAAAAUAGUAAACAAUUGUGUUUGUAUUAUAAUUUGGAUAUUGAUGAGGAGGAGGACUUUGUUGGUGGUGAAUUUAGAAUGUUGAAAUUUAAUUCGGAAUCAAAUUUGUUUAAUAUUAAACAAAUAGAGCAUUCACAGCAUUGUUCAUAUCUGGCAGUAUUUUUAAUUGACAUUUAUGGUAUUAACUAUUUAUAUUAUUUAAAUUAUUCUAAAAUGGAAAAUGCAAGUAAAUUUAUCAGGCCUGCUGAACAAGCUAAAAAAAUAAUUGGUCAUGAUUUAUUCAAUGAUUCGAAAGAUUUUAUUGGAAUUCAGAAUGAAUAUUUGAAAUUAUUACCAUUCCAAUUUAGAAAGAAUGAACAUGUUAUCAAAAUUGAUACAAGUGGUACUUUAAUGAAAACUAAUUUGAAUUCGAUUUGGGAUAUUACUGGUUCAGUAAUUAGUAUUAAUAAUAAUAUAUUGGAACAUUUAAUAUUUGAUGAUACACAUUACAAUGUAUUACUUGUUGAAAAGAAAGUUAAAUAUAUUGAUAAUUUUAAUGAUGAAAUAGUUGAUUUUGAUUGUAAUGGACAUUCUGUAUUUACAACUAAAAGUGGUAAAGUUUAUGGAUAUGGAUAUAAUACAUAUCGUCAAUUAAAUUUAGAUGGUGAAGAUGAUAAUAUCAUUGAAUUUUUAUCAGAUAUUUCAUUUGAUUCUUUACCUAUUAAAAAGGUAAUGCCAGGUCCAUAUAAAACCCAUUUCAUUACUGAAAGUGGUGCAUUAUAUGCAUCAGGUGUGAAUUCCAAUUAUGUUCUUGGAUGUUCAGAAGGUAAAACAAAGCAGGAAAUAUAUGAUUAUAUUGCAUCAGACGUUGGCCAAUUUCAUUCAUAUCCAGCAUGUAAAUGUGAUUUAAUUGAUGAGAAAUAUGAAAUUCAACACGUUUAUCCAAUUGGAUAUGAUGAAAGAUGUAUUUUUUUAACAAAAGAUAAGAAAUUAUUGAUGUGUGGAAAAUAUUUUGAUGAAAAUGGUACUGAAAUUAUUUCAGUUGGUGAUAUUUAUCCAUUAGAUGGCGAAAUUGAUCAAUUAUUUAGUCUUGGUCAAUUAUAUUUGCUUGUUAUUACAAAAGAUAGAAAGGUACAUGUAGUUGGAAAAAGAAAAAUAGAUACAACUGGCUAUAGACCAAAUUGGGUUAAAAAAUAUUUAGCGCAGGAAAGAUUUAUUGAUCAAGUUAAACAACAGGUUGAAAUUUUACUCUCAUUAGAUGAAAGAAUAUUUGGAAAAUUGCAUUUAUAUCCAAAUCGAUUUGAUUUUGGUUGUGUUUUAAAAAUGGAAAUGUCUUUGGAUUUGUUAUCAUUUUUCAAAUCCUUAAGGCAAGGUAUGGAACAGGGAAACUUUUCAGAUUUAACUUUUACUUGUAAAUAA